UGGGAUAUAACACCAUCUUUCCCCUUUGAGCCAAGAAAUGGCAGAAAAGUGAGAGAGCUUAACCAAAAACACAAAAAUGGAGAAGAAGAAAAUGCACAUUUCACCACUCCUCUUCUUCUUGUGUUGCUGCUUCAUCAGCUUCCAUCUUGUUUUUGCCGAUGAAGUAUCGUCUCUGCUCGCCAUAAAGGGCCUUCUGGUUGAUCCGUCGGAUCAGCUCGGCGAUUGGACGUUGCCCGAGAAUGCCUCCUACUCGCACUGCAACUGGACUGGGAUUUCGUGCAACUCCAAGGGAUACGUCGAUAGGCUUGACCUCUCCAACAUGAACCUCACCGGCCAGAUAUCGGAUCAGAUAGAAGGGCUCUCGAGCCUUUCUUAUCUCAACGUUUCUUGUAAUGGGUUUUCCACCACCUUGCCGAAAUCACUCUCCAGCCUUGUCUCGCUCAAGACCGUCGACUUCAGCCAGAACAACUUCAUCGGGGGGUUUCCGGUGGGGCUGGGGAUGGCAUCGGCCUUGACAUCAGUCAAUGCUUCGAGCAACAACUUCUCAGGGCUACUCCCCGGGGAUCUUGGCAAUGCGACUUCACUGGAGAUUCUUGAUUUCAGGGGGAGUUUUUUCGAAGGUUCGGUCCCGGUUUCCUUCAGCAACUUGCAGAAGCUGAGUUUUCUCGGCCUUUCUGGUAACAACCUGACCGGGAAAAUCCCAGCUGCGCUCGGUCUGCUCUCGGCUCUCGACACCAUCAUACUUGGGUACAAUGAGUUUGUUGGUCCCAUCCCUCCUGAGUUCGGAAACCUGACGAAUCUCCGGUACCUCGACUUGUCGGUGGGAAGCCUCAACGGUUCAAUUCCUCCUGAGUUGGGCAGGCUACCGAAACUGGAAACAGUUUACUUGUACCAAAACAACUUUUCAGGGAAGAUUCCACAGGAACUUGGAAACAUUUCCACCCUUGUGAACUUGGAUCUCUCUGAAAAUCAGCUUUCAGGGGGAAUUCCAAGUGUGAUAGCAGAGUUAAAGAAUCUGCAGCUAUUGAAUCUGAUGACCAACCAGUUAACUGGCCAAGUUCCACAGCAGAUUGGUGAGUUAACCAACCUACAAGUACUUGAGCUGUGGCAGAAUUCGCUAACCGGUCCCUUACCGGAGAAUCUUGGUCAGAAUUCCCCUCUCCAGUGGUUGGAUGUCUCCUCUAAUUCACUGUCAGGUGACAUUCCUGAUGGAUUGUGUGAUUCAGGAAAUCUCAUUAAGCUCAUUCUCUUCAACAAUUCCUUCUCUGGUUCUAUCCCAACAGGUCUAUCCACUUGUGUUUCGUUAGUCCGAGUUCGAGUCCAAAACAAUCUCAUAUCAGGGACUAUUCCAACUGGAUUUGGAAACCUUCCGAAGCUCCAGAGGUUAGAGAUUGCUAACAACAAUCUCACCGGUAGUAUACCGCAGGAUUUGGCUCUCUCUUCUUCCCUGAACUUCAUAGAUGUCUCGGAAAACCACCUUGUAUCCACGAUUCCUUCAGGCAUUCUCUCCCUUGUUAGUCUCCAAAACUUCAUUGCUUCCAAUAAUAACAUGGGAGGAGCCCUACCAGACCAAUUCCAGGCCUGCCCUACACUUUCUGUCCUUAACCUUUCUGGAAAUCAUUUCACUGGAAAUAUUCCAGAGAGUAUCGCGUCCUGCGAGAGGAUGGUGACUCUGAGCCUCGCAAGCAACCAGUUCACCGGGGAAAUCCCGACCUCACUCGGAACAAUGCCCACGUUGGCCGUCCUCGAUUUAUCCAACAAUUACCUCACUGGAAACAUUCCGGUGAGUUUCGGAAGCUCGCCUGCCCUGGAAAUGCUCAACUUGUCUUACAACAGGCUCGUGGGCAAAGUUCCAGACACCGGUAUGUUGAUGACCAUAAACCCGAAUGACCUUAUAGGCAAUGCCGGCCUUUGUGGUGGCGUUCUUCCACCGUGCUCUCAAAGUUCCGGCGCCAUGGAACGACUGAGGAAAGCUCACAUAAACCACGUCGCCAUAGGCUUCGUGGUUGCGAUUUCGGUAAUUUUAGCUCUUGCAAUACUUUUCCUGUUAGCGAAAUGGUUGUACAAAAAAUGGUACUUGUAUAGUAGUUUCUGCACAGAAUGGUACAAGUGGAGGAGCGCUACAGAAUGGCCCUGGAGGCUUAUAGCAUUCCAGAGGCUCAAUUUCACAAGCGCUGAAAUCCUCUCCAGUAUAAAGGAUUCAAACGUGAUUGGGUCGGGAUCGUCUGGGAUCGUUUACAAGGCUGAAAUCCACCGCCCGUAUUCAGUGGUGGCGGUGAAGAAGCUAUGGAGGACAGAGACAGAUAUUGAAAACGGCGAUGACCUAUUUGGAGAGGUAAACCUGCUGGGGAGACUCCGGCAUAGGAACAUUGUGAGACUAUUAGGGUAUCUUCACAACGAGAAUGAUGCCAUGAUGGUUUACGAGUACAUGCCGAACGGAAACCUAGCGGAGGCCUUACACGGUAAACAUGCCGGAAAAAUGCUGGUGGAUUGGGUUUCGAGAUAUAACAUAGCCGUUGGGGUUGCUCACGGACUGGCUUACCUGCACCACGACUGUCGCCCACCGGUGAUCCACCGGGAUGUCAAGUCCAACAACAUUCUACUUGAUGCCAAUUUCGAGGCCAGGAUUGCGGAUUUCGGGUUGGCAAGGACUAUGCUUCGGAAGAAUGAAACAGUUUCCAUGGUGGCUGGAUCUUACGGAUACAUAGCUCCUGAAUAUGGUUACACAUUGAAGGUGGACGAGAAGAGCGACAUAUACAGCUUCGGGGUCGUGCUCCUAGAGCUUCUAACAGGGAAACUGCCAUUGGACCCUGCAUUCGGAGAUUGCACCGACCUUGUCGAAUGGGUUCGAGCCAAGAUCAGAAGAAACAGGGCCGCGGAAGAAGCCCUGGACCCCAGCAUUUCGGGCGGCCAAUGUCAGCAUGUUCAAGAAGAAAUGCUUCUUGUGCUGAGAAUAGCACUUCUCUGCACUGCUAAGAACCCCAAGGAAAGGCCUUCGAUGAGGGAUAUCAUAACAAUGCUGGGAGAGGCCAAGCCGAGGCGAAAGAGUGUUUGCGUCGAGAAGCCAGUCUUCACCAACUCGAAUGCAAACAUUGAUCAGAAGCCGGUCUUCACCACGUCGAAUGCCAACAUCGAUCAGAAGCCGAUCUUCACCAACUCUCCCGUUGGUGGUCUCUUGUGAUGAUAUCAGCUUGUUUUUCGCUGUAAUUCUUGUAUUUCCCAAGUGUAUAUUUUCUUCCCGUUUUUUAUUUUUUUCGCGGCCUUUUGUGGAUUAUCUCUGGAUUGUUUUUUUUCCCUCAAAGUAAAUAAAUUGGCCAUUACUUAUUAAAUA